AUGGGAAAAGAAGAAAUUGGGGUAAAACACGAAACAGAGCCUUCUAAAUUAUUGUCUCUGUUUCCUGUUUUAUUAGGAAUGAUUGCAAUACCUUUGGCUUUAACUUUUUGGUUUACAAAUAUAUGGUUGUUUCAUUUACCCUAUAAAGGAGAAGAUGAAAUGGAACAUAUACCUCCGACUAGAUGGUUGGCUUCAAUAUCUAUACCCAUUAUUGUUGCUGUUUUAGGAUUUAGAAAUAAAAGCAUCAAUAAAAGUGGAGCAAUAUCGGGAUUAAUUGUAGGAUUUUUUAUUACAUUAAGUAGUUAUUGCUUUUUGGCUUGUCUUAUGACAUUUUUUAUUACCGGUUCAAAAGUAACUAAAAUAAAAAGCAAGGAAAAAAGAAAAUUUGAAAAAAAUUUUAAAGAAGGUGGUGAACGUAAUUGGAUUCAAGUGAUUUGUAAUGGCGGCAUGGCAACAUUUUUAGCUAUUUUGUAUUUACUCGACUAUGGCAGCGGUGAAUUGGCAAUUAAUUUUAGUACAAAUUACAGAGCAUCAUGGUUAUCUAUUGGAAUUUUAGGAGUAUUUGCUUGCUCGAAUGGAGAUACAUGGGCAUCAGAAUUAGGAACUGUUUUUGGCGGUCAACCAUUUCUAAUAACAUCUUUUAAACCUGUACCCAAAGGAACAAAUGGAGGAGUAACACUUUUCGGUCUUUUUGUUAGUUUCCUCGGAGGGAUAUUCAUAGGUCUUUCAUAUUACUUAAGUCUGUUGUAUUGUGUCGAUGGUAAUCUUUUAUCAAAAGGUCCUGCUCAGUGGCCUUUAAUUUUAAUCGGUGGUUUUGCAGGAUUGCUCGGAAGCUUGAUUGACUCAUUUUUAGGAGCUACAUUACAAUUUUCAGGUAUAGAAAAAUCGAGUGGAUGCAUUGUGGAACACUCUGGUGAUGGUAUAAUUCCAAUUACUGGAAAUCAAAUUUUAGAUAAUCAAUCUGUAAACUUAUUAUCCACAAUUAUAAUGGGUUAUUUGACUCCUGUUUGUGCCAAAAUAUUUCUUAUUUAA